AUGGAUGAAAGUGAGAGUGGUUUUCGUGCCGAAUAUGCGAAAUCUGAUCGAUCAACAUGUAAAGGAUGUCGAUCGACAAUUAACAAAGAUUCUUUACGUUUGGCAAUUAUGAUUCAAUCACCGAACUUCGAUGGAAAAAUUCCAACAUGGUAUCACACAAAUUGUUUCUUUAAAAAAGUCAAACCAGCCAAUGCAGAAAUUAUCAAAGGUUUUGAGGAACUUCGUUGGGACGAUCAAGAAAGAAUUCGUCAGAAAGUCGAUGGAAAAUCAACAAAAGAGACAAAAGAUGAAACGGAAAAUCAUUCCAGUGACUUUUGUGUUGAAUACGCUCGAUCCAAUCGAAGUACAUGUCAUGGUUGUAAUUCCAAAAUUGAAAAAGAUCUCGUUCGAUUAUCAAGAAAAGUUACUUCAGCACACACGUCAGUUCCCACUGAUGAAUGGUAUCAUAUCGAUUGUUUCAAAGAACACAAAGAUGAACUUCUUUUCGAUGGAAAUGCUGAGACAUUUGUUGGAUUCAAUAAUUUGAAUAAAGAAGAUCAAACGGAAUUGAAAAAGAAAUUUGGUUCAGCAAAUGUCAAUCGAAAACGUAAAGGAGAAAAAGCCGCAAGUUCAGCAGGAGACAAUGAUGAUGCACCCAAAGCGAAACAAUCGAAACUAGAAGAAAAUAAUCACAGUUCAGCACUUGAACAAGAAGUUCGACAAAAGAAAGAACAAAGUGAAUUACUCUGGAAAUAUAAAGAUGCAUUAAGAAAAGAAGUACCAAAUGAUGUUUUAAGAGAAUUACUUGAACAUAAUCAACAAAAGAUCGUCACUGGUGAAUCACAUUUAAUCGAUACUGUAGCAGAUUGUAUGGCUUUUGGAAUAUUGGAACAUUGUCCUGAAUGUGGAGGAUUUCUCAUCUUUAGUUAUACUUGUUAUCGUUGCACUGGUGAUGUUACUGAAUGGACAAAAUGUUCUUAUACAACAACAACACCGACACGAAAAGCAUUUGAUAUUCCAAAUGAUAUUAAAACGGAAUAUGAUGCAUUUAAAUCAUAUAAAUAUAAGAAACGUGAUCGAAUCUUGGCGAAAGUUAUUGAAAAUCAAGCGAUUGUUGAGAAAACACCAGAAGUUCCACGAGUUAUCAAAGAACCUACAUAUGAUUCAAAUUUACCAUUAUCUGGUUAUGUUAUCUCAUCAGCUGGUCGUUUGUCGAGUUCAGUUGCAACAAUACAGAAAGAAAUUGAACGUUUAGGUGGAACAUUUUCAUCAAAAAUCGACGAAAACGUUGGAAUUGUUAUUAGUUCAUCAGAUGAAAUUCAAAAGAAGAGCAAAAAACUUCAAGAUGCUGAAACGAUGAAUAUUCAUGUUGUUUCCGAAGAUUUUCUUAAAGAAAUUCUCAACGAUCGUCCAUCAAUUGUAAUGGAAAAAUGUAAAAUAUCAACUUGGGGAGUUUUACCUCACAUUCGACAACAAACCAAAGUAGAUCAAGAAGCAAAACUCAAAUCUCAACAACAAUCAUUUACAACAUCAUCAGCAAAAUCAGAUUCACGAUUAAAUAAAUCAGUACCUGAUAAAAUCAAAUUGAAAUUGAAAGAUGGAGCUGCUGUUGAUCCUGAUUCAGGAUUGGAAGAUACUUGUCAUGUUUUGAAAGAUACAGAAACCAAUGGAAUCUUUACAUCGGUUCUUGGUUUAGUUGAUAUAACACGUGGAACAAAUUCGUAUUAUAAAUUACAAUUAUUAGAAUCAGAUAAUGGUCGACAAUGGUUCGUCUUUCGAGCAUGA